AUGUCUAGAAGACAUUCUCCUAGGCUUAGUGAUAGUGAAAAGGAAAAUUUUUCUCUUCAAGCUUUAGUUAAUGAAUUCAAGGAAAUGAGAAGGGAAAUAAAAGAAGAGAAAGUCAAUAGAGAGCUUCAAAAUGCUGUUAUUCAAGAUGAAUUAAGAUUGAUAAGGGCAAGUAAGUCUAGGGGAAGUCAGAGUGAAAAUUCUCAAGAGGGAGGGAAUUCUUUGAGUAUGGGUGAUUAUUACCCUCAUCAACCUUCUACUUCUAGGAGGCAUAGGAGAAAUUCUCAUGCACCCCCACCCCCUAAAGAAGUCAAUAUUGUGUUGCCUCACUUCCAUGGGAAGGACAAUGUUGAGGCUUAUUUUGAUUGGGAAAUGAAGGUGGAGCAAUUAUUUGCUUGCCACCAAGUAAGUGAAGAGAGAAAGGUUUCUCUAGCUACCCUAAGCUUUCAAGGGUAUGCAAUGUAUUGGUGGACUGCCUUAGUCCAAGAGAGGCUUAGACAUCAAGCCCCUCCCAUCCAUUAUUGGAAUGAUCUUAAGUCUGCCCUUAGAAGGAGGCACAUUCCCUCCUACUACAAUAAGGAACUUAUGGAUAAACUCCAAAGGUUACAACAAAGGUCUAUGACAGUUGAGGAAUAUAGACAAAAGAUGGAGUUAUAUAUGAUGAGGGCAGGCAUAGUAGAGGGUCCAGAAAUUACUUUAGCUAGAUUUUUAAGUGGGCUCAAUUUUGACAUAAGAGAUAGGGUUGAACUUCUACCUUAUAGAGAUUUGAAUGAUCUUGUUCAAAUGUGUAUAAAGGUAGAACAACAAAACUUGAGAAAAUCUUCUUCUAAAAGAGUUCAAGUUCAACCUACUUUUGAAAAGAAAGUUUUUAAAGAAAAAGAGUCAUUUAAACCUCUAGCCAAAAUAGAAGAGAGACCCAAGAAAGAGACACCCUCACACACAAGAACAAGUGAAAUCAAGUGUUUUAAAUGUCUAGGAAGGGGUCAUGUAGCUACUCAAUGUCCUACAAAGAGAAACAUCAUUUUGAAAGGCAAGGACAUUUAUAGUAGUGAAAGUGAUACCCCAACUAGUGAAAGUGAGAGUGAGAAAGAAGAAAAAGAAGAGGAAAUAUAUGCUGAUGAUGGACAACUUCUCAUGGCAAGAAGAAUCCUUAGCAACCAACCAAGUCUAGAACACCUAUCACAAAGAGAGAACAUCUUUCAUACAAGAUGUAAAAUUCAAGAAAAUCAUUGUUCUCUCAUUAUUGAUGGUGGUUCUUGUUGCAAUUGUUGUAGUACAAGGUUGGUUGAGAAGUUGAAGCUUGAUAUUAUACCCCAUCCAAAACCUUAUAAACUUCAUUGGUUAAAUGAAGAUGGGGAUAUAAUAGUCAAGAAUCAAGUGAAGUUGGCAUUUUCCAUUGGGAACUUCAAAGAUGAAGUUUUAUGUGAUAUAGUUCCCAUGGAAGCGUGUCAUGUGUUAUUGGGGAGACCAUGGCAAUUUGAUCAUCAAACUAUCCAUCAUGAAUUUGAUGAUCUAUUUCCAAAAGAAAUUCCAAAAGGGCUUCCACCCAUAAGAGGAAUAGAACAUCAAAUUGAUUUCAUUCCAGGGGCAAUUCUUCCUAAUAGGCCAGCCUAUAGGACAAACCCCCAAGAAACUAAGGAGAUUGAGACACAAGUCCAAGAGUUGCUAGAUAAAGGCUUAGUUCAAAAGAGUCUAAGUCCAUGUGCUGUACCAGUGUUGCUUGUACCAAAAAAAGAUGGAAAGUGGCGCAUUGUCAUAUUUCUUGGAUUUGUGGUCACCAAAAAUGGGGUUCAUGUGGACCUAGAAAAAAUAAAGGCCAUCCAAGAUUGGCCUCCUCCAAAGAAUGUAGGAGAAGUAAGGAGCUUCCAUGGGUUGGAAAGCUUUUAUAGAAGAUUUGUUCCUAACUUCUCUAGUCUUGCUUCACCCCUCAAUGAGUUGGUGAAAAAGGAUGUUACAUUCCAUUGGGGGGAAAAACAACAAAAGGCUUUUGAGCUACUCAAAGAGAAGCUCACACAAGCACCCAUUCUAGCUUUGCCAAAUUUUUCCAAAACUUUUGAGCUAGAAUGUGAUGCUUCAGGAUUUGGCAUAGGUGCAAUAUUAUUACAAGAAGGACACCCAAUUGCAUACUUUAGUGAAAAACUUCAUGGUGCCUCUUGUAAUUACCCCACCUAUGACAAGGAACUCUAUGCACUUGUGAGGGCUCUUCAAACUUGGGAACAUUACCUUGUUGCCAAGGAGGUUAUCAUUCAUAGUGAUCAUGAAUCACUUAAGUAUUUGAAGAGUCAACACAAGUUACAAAAGAGACAUGCUAAGUGGUUGGAAUUUAUUGAGCAAUUCACUUAUGUUAUUAAAUACAAGAAAGGAAAAUCCAAUGUGGUGGCUGAUGCUUUAUCAAGGAAGAGGGAAGGGUAUCUUUUUAAAGAAGGAAAAAUUUGCAUUUCCCAAGGCUCACAUAGAAAACUCCUUGUCAAAGAGACACAUGAGGGCCGAUUAAUGGGGCAUUUUGGGGUAGACAAGACCCUUGGCAUGUUGAAAGAGAANUUCUUUUGGCCUCACAUGAGAAAGGAUGUCCAAAGACAUUGUUUUAAGUGCAUUACUUGUUUAGAAUUAAAGUCUAAAACAAUGUCUCAUGGACUUUACACUCCUUUGCAUGUUGCAUCAACCCCUUGGGAAGAGAUAAGUAUGGAUUUUGUGCUAGGACUUCCCAAAACUUCUAGGGGUUUUGAUUCUAUCUUUGUGGUGGUGGAUAGAUUUAGUAAAAUGGCUCAUUUUAUACCUUGCCACAAAGUAGAUGAUGCAAGCAACAUAGCAAAGUUAUUCUUUAGAGAUGUGGUUAAACUUCAUGGGUUACCUAAGGUAAUAGUUUCGGAUAGAGAUACAAAAUUUCUUAGUCACUUUUGGAGGACCUUAUGGUCUNGAUUAGGGACUAAGUUAUCUUUUUCUACUACUUGCCAUCCUCAAACAGAUGGUCAAACUGAAGUAGUCAAUAGAUCUCUUUCCACUUUACUAAGGGUAGUUCUUAAAGGAAAUCACAAAUCUUGGGAUGAGUACUUACCUCAUGUUGAGUUUGCCUACAAUAUAGUAGUUGAUGGAACUACUAAAUUGUCUCCUUUUGAAGUUGUCUAUGGUUUUAACCCUUUAACUCCUAUGGAUUUAAUACCCCUUCCUUUAGUUUGGGUUCAUCUUAGGAAGGAAAGAUUUCCUCACCUAAGAAAAUCCAAACUCAAUCCUAGAGGAGAUGGUCCUUUUAGAGUCUUAAAGAGGAUUAAUCCUAAUGCUUAUCAACUUGAUCUUCCUCUUGAAUAUGGAGUUCAUGCUACUUUCAAUGUUGCUGAUCUUAAACCUUUUGCAGGUUAUGAUAUCCAACAGCAACGAAUUGAAGCUGCAAGAUUGAGCACGAGAUUCUGGAAUGCAUUGGACAAGAUCUGGGCACAAAAGAGUUGGACCGUAGCAUCAGUGGACUGUACAGCAGAGUACCACCAGCGGGUUAUAGCUUCAUUGGGAUGUAGCUUAGGAUUGAAUGUUUUGUAA